AUCAGCUGUUCAUCAGUGAGCCCGUGGAUGCCGAAGAAGGCGGAUGUGUGAGGGGAAGGCUGUCAUACUCUGCCCUCUGACCUAACCUGCCCGACUACUCCAGCCCUCCCGUGACCUGACCUGACCUCUGCGAUGCCCCGAGGUAGCCCAAGGAGAGAGGAAGAAGCGGAGGUGUUUGAUGUGGAGAAUGGAAGACAAGAAGAUGAACGCCUCGGGAAAUUGGGAAUCCUAGCUCUGUGUCUCCUGGUCUGCAUAUCGCCCCUCGACGUCUUCCUCUCGUGCCUCGCCUUCAUCGCCAUCCCCAGCCUCUCCAUCGCCUUCAUCACAAUCGGCUUCGUCUACCUCCAGGACUGCGAACUUGAGCCGAUGAUCCCCAUGUGGCUGGUCAUUCAGGGGCUUCUAAUCCUCUUCGGGUUUGUCGUGGAAAAGUCAUCGAGGUGUUUCCAAGCGAAGAAACCACCGUCUGCCUCCUCCUCCUCCUCCUCCUCCUCCUCCUUCUGCACCUCCUUCGCCUCCUCCUCCCCUCCCGUGCGAGUCCUCAGCAUCAUCCUCACUCUGGUCUCCAUCGCCUGGCUGACUGCAGGCAAUCUUUGGGUGUUCGGUGCGUUCCGCCAGAAAGUCAUUGCCAGCGAUGGGGAGGAGGAGAGCUGUGACCCCGUCGUCUACAUCAUCUCCUACAUCACCGUGCUCGCCUCGGACGUGGCCUUCGCCCUCUUCCCCCUGUUACUACUCGUCCCUCUGCUGUGCUCCCGCCUCUGCUGAACAACGCGGCGGUAGGUUACUAGGGGAGGGAGCAGAGAGGAGCUAGCUGACCUAUCCCAUGACGAGCGCUCCCUGUCACGAUCUGUCUGUCUGAAGUCUAUGGAAAAGAGGAUUAGGAGGAACUUAAGAAGGAAUUGAAAUCUAUGGAGAAGAAGAGGCUUAGGAGGUGAUUAAGAAGGAGUUGAAACCUAUUGAGAAGGACAAGAGGAUUAGUUCUCUCUCAUUCAAGAACUGUUGUCUGUUAGUUAUGUUAAGAGGGUUUCAGCUCAGUCGAUCGAUCAAAGAGGGCAGGAUCGAUUUGCUUUAGCCACGAACUCAGUGAGCGUCCCCUUGUAUAGCUGAAGGCGGGUAUGCUUUAUUUUGGAGGUAUGGGAAAGGAAGAGGGAAGGAAGGAAGGAAGGAGGGGAGGG